AUGGUGGAGCUAGCGUCGUCGCCGCUGCGGGUGGGCCAAAAGAAGUACACCAUGGUGGUUGAGGACGCGCCUGACCACGUUGACGACAACGAUACGUUCUCAUGGUCGACGGUGAGGCCGUACUUUCGGUGCAUGUUGCCAGAGCCGGCGCAGUUUAUGUGGCCGCCGUCGUCAACAAUUAGGCAUACGCCGACGAAUAAGGCGAGGAGGAGGCAUAUGAGACCUUUUUUAAGUGUUGCAGAAGUCGCAUUAUCAACGGCAACCGGCGAAUCGAUUUCACGAUGCUACGAAUCCAUUGUCAGCUUUGGCGAUUCGCUUGCAGAUACUGGCAAUUUCCUUCAUCUCCUGCCGGCCGACAGCCCACCGCGGUCCGCCCGCCCCCCUUACGGCCGGACUUACUUCCACCGCCCCACCGGUAGAUUUUCCGAUGGCCGCCUCGUCGUCGACUUCAUCGCUCAGAAUUUAGGACUGCCGUUAUUGCAACCGUACGUUGGGCGAGAAAACGGUGGCCGGAAUUUUAGCGAAGGAGUGAAUUUCGCGGUGGUCGGAGCUUCAGCUCUUGAUUAUGGCUUCUUUGAGGAAAUUGGGAUUUAUAUGGGCACAAAUGCGUCACUUGGGAUUCAAAUGGAAUGGUUCAAACAAUUUUUGGCCACUAUGCCUGAUGGGAAAGGAUUUCUUCAAAGGUCUUUGGUUCUUUUGGGAGAGAUUGGAGGCAACGAUUACAAUAAUCCAAUCAUACAAGGGCUAGAUUUCGAAACAAUCCGAACAUUUGUCCCACUAGUUGUCGAUUACAUUGGAUCAACACUUCAAGAACUUAUUAAGGUCGGUGCCAAGACAAUAAUAGUCCCCGGGAACUUCCCAAUCGGUUGCUUGCCUAUUUACCUAACACAGUUCAAAGAAUCGAGUGUCUCUACCGAUUACGACCCCAAAACCGGAUGCCUCAAUUGGUUAAACGAGUUCUCAAUGUACCAUAAUAAUUUGCUCAAAAAGGAAUUAAGCCGCAUUCGAGCCCUUUAUCCUCACGCGCGCAUAAUCUAUGGGGAUAAUUACAAUGCCGCGAUGCGCUUCUAUCUAUCCCCAAAAGAAUUCGGAUUUACAGAGGGAAUUUUGAGGGCUUGCUGUGGGAAAGGGGGGUCGUACAAUUUCAAUGGGUCAGCACAAUGUGGAUUGGCUCUUUCGACGUGUUGUGAGGAUCCGAGUUUGUUUGCUAGUUGGGAUGGGUUACACUUCACGGAGGCCGCGUAUAGGUGGAUUGCCCAAGGUUUGAUUGAAGGACCUUAUACGAUUCCUCAAAUAAGCACCGUUUGCCGUGCAGUAUCUUCAACCGAUGGUCGUGUUUAUGAGUAAUGAGAGAUCGUGAAGUAUGUAUUUGUGUAGAUUGCAUGUAUAAUUUGUUAAUAAAAAAUCGAAAUUCGACGUGUGUAUUGGUUUGGUUUUGUGUGGACUCUGGAUCGGCUCGUCAUCUAUAACGACCGAUAAUCUCAGAUACUGAUUAAUGUUGUUGUUCAUCGAUAUAUCACUUGAAUCAAAGUUGUUUGUGUGGACUCUUUCAAUGAA